AUGAUCCGUUAUCUCUAUAUAAUCGGUGAGUUUUGGUUCUCGAGUGCUGUAAAAGUAGUUGUGUGGAUCUCGGAAACUCUGUUUCAGAAGAACCUUCUCAGUGAAGGAAGCAGAAGAAGAACAACAACAAUGACGUUAACGAAUAGAGGAUUUCAAAUGAAGUCGAAGCGAAUCGGUGGAUUUCGCGGCGAGGAUGAGGAAUUAGAGUUAGGAUUAGGAUCAGUGAGGUUCGCGCGAGGAUUAGGGAGGAAAAGGAUUUUGAUUUCAAGCAGAAUCCGCGAAUCUCUAUCUAGAUCGGCCGUUGAGAUUCCGGCGCUUGAAUCGCCGCCGGUGAAGAGUUCGUCGAAGAGACAACGAAGCAUCGCAAUAGUUUCUUCGUCCCCUGAGAAAUCUCUCCUUGAAUCUCUGCCUCAAGAGCUCUUGAUUCGGGUGAUUUGUGGUGUUAAUCAUGAGGAUCUCAAGAGUCUAAACAGUGUAUCUAAAUCGAUCAAAGAAGCUAGUUUGAUCGCAAAAAGGUUACAUUUUGCAUACACCACGCCGAUAAAGACUCGAGCUUUUCGGAACUCAAUAGACCUCGAGGAGGUUUCGGAUUCGAGCCAUCAAGUGGAAGAUAUAGAGCCACCUAACGCGCCGGUUCGCUACCGUUGGACCAAGGCUAAGAGGAAAGAGCACUUGUCUAAUGUCUCUGUGGCAUUGUUUACUUGA